AUGUCUUCCUCAUCGGGUACACCGGAGUCAUGGAUCUCAUCAUUUUGUUCCUUACUCGGCCAUGAGUACUUUGCGGAGAUAUCGGAGGACUUCAUUGAGGAUGACUUUAACUUGACGGGUCUUCAGACACAAGUGGCUAUGUACAAGGAGGCGCUGGAAAUGAUCCUAGAUGUCGAGCCUGAGGAGGAUGAAGACGACGAGGAAGACGAGGAGGAAGAGGAAGGAGACGAUUCGGUUGAAGGAGAGGAGCGCUUAAACCGUAGAGCUGCCGCAGAUCGAAGACACCACCGCAUGGCCUCCGAUCUUUCGAUCAUCGAGUCUUCUGCCGAAAUGCUUUACGGUCUUAUCCACCAACGUUUUAUCUGCUCUCGCGCUGGUAUCCAACAAAUGUCUGAAAAGUACGAACUCACACAUUUUGGUGUGUGCCCUCGGACUUACUGUGGAGGAACUCGCACAUUACCAGUUGGAUUAUCAGAUGUACCGGGAGAAGAUACCGUCAAGUUGUUCUGUCCUUCCUGCCUGGAUGUUUAUGUUCCGCCGAAUUCUCGAUUCCAGACUGUUGACGGGGCUUUCUUCGGUCGAACAUUUGGGGCUCUUUUCCUCAUGACUUUCCCUGACUACGAUAUCACCAAGAAGGGUGUCGAGGCUAUUGCGGGUUCCCACAGCAACCGAACACUACAAGCGGCUUCGGAUGGAGAAGAGAAGGAAAAGAUCAAUGGCAUGAACGCUGCCAACCUUGCGCCUGGUCUUGGGAAAGGCAACAUGUAUGAGCCCAAGAUCUACGGAUUCAGAGUCUCAGAACGUGCACGCAGUGGGCCAAGAAUGGCUUGGCUGAGAGAUCGCCCCGAAGACAUCAGAGAACUAGACGAGGCUGCCAUUUAUAAUGCUGAGCAUCCCGAAGAAAGCGAAGAGGAGUCCAUGAGUGGUGCACCAACUCGCCUUAGACAACAAUCUCGAAAAACCCGUCGUGGAAACGGUGGCGGUAGUCCCAUGUCAGUGGAGGCGAACGGCGCUGCCUUUGACUGA